AUGAAGAAGGCAAUAUCUGCAGUCUUUCCUGAAACUUGGCAUGGUUUGUGUACUUUUCACAUUAUGCAAAAUGCCGUCAAGCACCUAGCUCGUCUCAAGAGCGACAAUGACUCAAACAUCCUAGCUGAUUUCAGUGCUUGUGUGUAUGAAUAUGAUGAUGAGACAACAUUUGAAGAAGCUUUCAGUGCCUUGAGAAGUAAAGUCCAAAAUGAUGCUUGGUUGGGUGGUAUAUAUCAACAAAAGGAGAAAUGGCCUGCAUGCUACAUGAAAAAUGUGUUCACACUAGGAAUGCGAAGUACACAAUUAAGUGAGAGCUUAAACAAUGACAUGAAGAACUAUCUGAAAUGUGAUCUAGACAUUGCUCAAUUUUUCACACAUUUUGAAAGGGCGGUUGCAAGCAAGCGAGCCAAAGAGUUGGAUUCAGAAUAUAAUGCAAGGAAAAAACUACCACGGAUAAAGAUGAUGGCACCUUUGUUGAUACAAGCAAGCAAUUUAUACACAACAUGUAUUUUUGAAGCUUUUCAAGCUGAGUAUGAAAGAUCCAUGGCAGCAUAUGCUAGACCAACUGAAAAACCUAAUGAGUACAUUGUAGGGAUUGGAGCUCUUGAUGGAAAAUCUACAAUGGAAGAAGAGUACAUAGUUGCGGGUGACCUCUCCAACCAAAGGGUUUGUUGCAGCUAUCAACAAUUCGAAAGAAUUGGAAUAUUGUGUAGUCAUGCUCUCAAAGUUCUAGACAUGAUGAAUAUUAAGUUAUUGCCUGAGCACUAUAUUUUAAAGAGAUGGACUCGUGAAGCAAGAUGUGGGAUUGUACAAGAUAUUCAUGGGAUGGCUAUACUGGAAAACCCAAAAAUUGAUGCGGCACGACGCUACCAGCUUCUCACUCGCAAGUUCUUUACAAUUGCUUCUCGAGCAGUUGACUUUGAAGAAUGCUAUUCAAUGGUUGAUGUUGUACUUAACACCCUCUACAAACAAGUUGAAGACAAGAUUAAUGACUCCAGUAAUUUCCACUAA